GGAAUCUUGUCAGUCCGUUUUUUUCGUCCGUACGCAAAGUAACAUUGGCGAGCUGUGUGAGCGAUACGGUUUCAAUCGUUCGGUAAAAUGUACAGACAGUUUGUUGAGUAUUUGCCAAAAAUAACAACACAUCAAAUAUAAACAACUAUUGUAAAUUGAGUGAUAAUCAUAAUAUAAUCCAAAGUGAAUUGUAUAAAGUGCAACAUAUGUAAAUAUACAAGCAAUGUACAUACUUUUCAUACAAUAAAAUUACAGCGAGCAAAAAAGAUUCCACAAAAAAUGCAAAAGAAACCACUACAAGCAAAGUUUUAAAGUGCUGUGAAGAAAAACCAUAAAGAAAAUUACGAUUAAAAAUUGAGGAAAAGAAAAUUUUCAAAACGACUGCUGCAAAUUGGAGUGCAUUGGAUUUUGUGACAAAAAAUUUCCAAGCCAACUCUCAACCAAUUGUGUGCUUCCACCGGUUCCGUUUCCGUUUCCAAACAAUAGAUUUGCUACUUGAUUGCUGUUUUUGUAAUCCGCAUGCGAAAAAAACCAAGCAAAUAAAUAAAUUACGCCAGCAAUCCAUUGACUAUAGAAGAAAUUAAACUUCCGUUAUAGUGCAAAAAAAGGUGCCACCUAUACACGUUUGUAUGCAAAGAGAGUUUUUGUGAGCAAAACAACCACAAAACAAAAAACAAUAAAGUUUCGAAAAAAGUGCUACCCAAAACCCAGCACAAAUUCUACAAUUGAAAUACGAGUUUUCCAAUAAAGCACGGCCCUGUAUCCAUCAUUUAUAUUCGAAAAUCGAUAUUAAUUAGAAAACAAAAAUCGGUUUGUCUUUUUUGUAUGUGUUCAUUUUUGUUUGAAAUUUCCGUUGAAGUAAAUCAAAAUUUUUCUGGUUUAUUAAAUUAGUGCGUGUCAAAGUAGCGAUUAAUAAUUGACGCUUUUGCGCGUUUCGGCAACGUCGUCCUGUGCGUUCAUAAUCAGUGCGAGUGUGCGUGCGCCAUUUUUCCCCCUGCCCUCCAACAAAGCACAGAACAACAACGAGGCACGACGACGACGACGAGUGUGCGCGUACCAAAAGUUAUUCGUUUGCUGCUUUCGGAUUCGUUUCGUCAUCGGACAUCGUCUCCCCAGCAACAAAGUGUCGGCCGGUGAUGCGUUUUAGUUCCUACGCGUUGUUAAACAUUCAGCACAGCUGAUAGCGAUGAAUCCAAAUCAACAUAGUGGCCCUGGUCCACCGUCGUCAACGAUAGCGACAGCUUCAAUGAAUACAGCGUACAUUGGAAUCGGUAUUGGUGGUGGCGUUGGUUGCGGUGCGAGUGGCGUUGAUCAAGUUGAUGCCUCCUCGGUAAUGGCGUCUAAGACAUUUGCAACAAAGUGUGCAACAACGUCAACAAUAACAACAACAGCAAAUGCAUAUGGCGGUAUGAAAGUUGCUUACGCGGGUGCAACUCCAAAUCUAACGGCGCCAGUAACUAACGGUAGUUACAGUGGCACUGCUGACACGCCCUUUGCCACGACAAAUGGUUGCGCCAACAACAAUAGCAACAACAGUAAUGGUUGUAGUGGUAGUAGUGCUAACGCGGGCAAUGUUGGCAACAAUCAUGCGGCGCCACCACCAGUUGCACGUACCAUUUCGUCGGAUCGUCUAGUGACGGGACCUUCGUGCAAAGCACUCAGAACUGCGGUGUCAGCACUUUACUCGGUCGAUGAUUUUGUCAAGGAGAAAAUUGGCUCGGGAUUCUUCUCCGAAGUGUUUAAGGUAAUUAACUUUGUAACAGCUAUUCCUAAGUUGAAGUGGAACAAUCAAGCAAUACUGGAAAAUGGAUGUACAUUUGUGGGUAUUAGGUAUGGAAAUGAGCAGUCGAGAGUUAAUUAAAGCCUUUAAUCCCAUUUGCAUAGGUAUUUCAGAACUCGAUCGUGUGUAGCUCACUCGAUGAUAUACAAUUUUUUAAUCAUUUACAUUUACAUUUGGAUUAAAGAAAUUGUUUUGUGAAAUACUUUCCAAAACAAAUAAACGAAAGAAGAACAUAUGGACAAGUAAAAGAGGCUUAAGAAGGGGAAAGGU